ACAGAUGGCUGCUGAGUACCCAUCUGGCUCAUACCAGGAGGAGACUGAGCUAAAUUUGUUGCAUGUCAAAGUGAUACGAGCCUCAAAUAUCCCAUGGGCUGACUGGAUGAGCAACGCUGAUUGUUAUGUAGAGCUAAGGCUUCCGACGUGUAAAAAUGAACGAUUCCGAACCAAGACUGCUGCAAAUACCAGUAAACCUGAAUGGAACGAAUCCUUUACAUUUCAGAUCUGCAGCAAUAUCCAGAAUAUUAUUCAGAUAUCACUUCAGGAUGAAGAUAGUGUAUCAAAAAAUGAUCUGCUCUAUACAAUAUUUUUUGAUGUGGGGAAAAUUCCACCAGGACAAAAAUUACAGAGAACCUUUUCUCUUAAACCUGAGGGGAUUGAGACUCUUGAAAUGGAAUUUAGAGUGGAGAAAAUAGCAGCAAAGCCAGAGAAACUUUUGACAAACAAAGUGCUUGUGUCACGAGAAAUGUGCUGUCUAGAUGUGUGCAUAGACAAACAGAAGAUCCCUGACAAUUUAAAAGGAAAGGACCUUAUAUUAGAAAUGGAAGAUUCCUGUGAAAAACAUCAUAAAGUUCUCCUAAAUGCAAACACGGGCCCUAACCACGAACAUGUUCAUUGUUUUCACUAUAUUAAGAAGUGGGAUCCGGAUUUAACCGUGAAAUUAGAGGGUGCAGGCCUGAAUAAAGAUGACUAUGAUGGACUUCUAACAGUUCCAGUGAAGACAUUUUCUUUUGGAAAAGAAGAGAAAGUAGAAUUUCACUCAAAUCAAGUUAAGCCAUUGGAGUUGAAAGUGAAAGCAAACGAAUGCACACAUAAUCUAGAUGUUCGCCUGGGGUUCGAUCUCUGUGAAGAAGAGAAAAUUUUCCUUACUAAGAGGAAACAAGUGGCUGCUGCAGCGUUAAAGAAGGUUCUAAAACUUGAUAGAGACUUGCAGGAUCAUGAAAUACCUACAAUUGCCGUCACGACAACAGGCGGGGGUACAAGAGCAAUGACUUCCCUCUACGGCACCUUGUCUGGACUGAAGAAACUAAACCUGUUGGACUGUGUGUCUUACAUCACAGGAGCCUCUGGCUCCACUUGGGCAAUUUCUAAAUUGUAUGAGGAUUCUGACUGGUCACAGAAGGACUUGACUGAGCCAAUAGAAGACGCUCGCAGAAAUGUAACCAAAAGCAAAAGCUGUGCCUUUACAAUUGACAAACUCCGCUUCUAUCGAGAAGAAAUGAAUAAGAGGGCAGAACAAGGUUAUAGAACAUCUUUUACAGAUAUCUGGGGUCUAGUAAUUGAAUCAAUGUUCCAUGAUGAUGUCAAUGAGACAAAGCUGUCUGACCAGAAGAAAGCACUGUCAGACGGGCAGAACCCACUCCCUAUCUGUCUUGCAAUGAAUGUCAAGAACAUCAAGCACACCACUCUGGAUUUUAAGGAGUGGUGCGAGUUCUCUCCAUAUGAGGUGGGGCUUCUCAAAUAUGGGGCUUAUAUACGUUCAGAGGAUUUUGGCAGCAAGUUUUACAUGGGGCGGCUGACAAAGAAACUCCCUGAGUCCAGGAUCUGUUAUCUUCAAGGGCUGUGGAGCAAUGUUUUCUCUGUAAAUCUGGUGGAUGCCUGGUAUGCAGCUACAAGCUCUGAAAAUUUUUGGACUCGUUUUACCAAAGAUGAAAUCCAUGAUCUUGAUGGAGAGGAAGCUAUUAUGAGAAGACGAAACUCCUUUAAACUUCCAACUCUAAACCUACAACCAAAAAACAUGUUUAAGGAAAUUAUACAGAAAAUUAUCACCAACCGUCCCCUGGAUGGCGAGCAUCACAACUUCCUGAGCGGGCUUCAAUUUCAUAAAGACUAUCACAAGCAAACAGGAUUCUCCUUAUUUGAAGAUACAGAACUGGACAAGUUGCCCAAUCAGCUGACCCCAUUCACCGAUGAGCUUUGCUUGGUGGAUAUUGCCUAUUACAUUAAUGCCAGCUUCCCAUCCCUGCUCCGUAAGGAACGUAAGGUGGAUGUUAUCUUAUCUUUCGAUUACGGGCUGUCUGAAAAAUUCAAGUCUGUGGAAGAGACACACAAAUACUGCUGUGACCAGAACAUCCCAUUUCCCAAAAUUGAAUUGAACAAAGAAGAGGAGGUGGAACCUAAAGAAUGCUACAUCUUUAAAGAAUCUGACGAUCCAGAAGCCCCUACUAUUCUUCACUUUCCUCUUGUUAACAACACGUUUAAAAAUCACACGGCACCAGGGGUUAAACGCAGUCCUGAAGAAUUAGAAGGAGGAAUAGUUGACCUAACAGGCAUGUGGUCACCAUAUAGCUUGUUAAAGCUGGCCUAUAGUGAAGAAAACUUUGACAAACUUUUAAAUCUGACAGAGUACAACGUUCUAAAUAAUGAGACAAUCAUCCUACAGGCCCUGCGUGAAGCCGUGGUACGGAAACAGAACGCGUCCAGCCCUAACUAGAGGAUGCACAUUGCUCCAAUGCUCAAUCUUGUCUUCUCAAGAAAAUGUUUUACAUUGUCCUUAUUAGCUAUCUCAAUAUAGCACUUUAGUUAGAAUACAAUAAGGUGUGCGUUUUUUUAAAAAUAAAAAUGAUAAUGUUCUUCUUUUGUACAAGGUAUUGAAGGAAUAUGUAUUUUACUUUAUGGUGCAAUAAAAGCUGCCAAUAUCAUCCCUCUGCUAAACUCACUCAUACUUUCUUUUUGUGGUAGGAUAGGCACAAAUAUCUCCAUUAUCAAAAAUCUUAAUAGAUACAACUUAAAAUGGCGCUGCCCUUUAAAAGAAUGCAGCCAUCCUCAGUCUCACCCAGUACUAAUUUUAGUAGAUAUUGUAAAUAAUCUUAACAAACAGGUUUUUCUUCACAAGGGGGGUAACACUGUCUGUAAACCACCUUAAAGGGACAUAAAACAGUAUGAACUAACAUUUGUAGUAAGCUCCCCCUGGGUAUUUCCAUAUAUGGAAGGUGCUAUACUGGCCACACCU